UUUGCGUCACUUCCGCAAUGAUGGCGGCUUUAGUGGGUCUGUUACCGUGCCGGAGCCUUGGGCCUGGUAGCAGGAAGAGCCUUUGUCCCCGCACCGGAUCUGUCGGGUCCCUGUUGUGGCGGGGCUCCGUGAGAUCCAAUGGUUCGACGGCGGUGUACGACGUGGUGGUGUCAGGUGGUGGCAUGGUCGGGACCGCCAUGGCUGCUGCACUGGGGCAUGAUGUUCAUCUCUCUGAUAAGAAAGUUCUGCUACUUGAAGCUGGUUCAAAGAAAGUGUCUAACCAGUUGCCCAAGAAUUACAGUAAUAGGGUCAGUGCUAUUACGCCUGGCUCAGCCACACUUCUUAAUAGCGUUGGUGCUUGGGAACAUAUUUGCAGUACGAGAAUCAGACCCUUUCGACGGAUGCAGGUCUGGGAUGCUUGUUCUGAGGCCAUGAUAAUUUUUGAUAAAGAAAAUUUGGACGACAUGGGUUAUAUAGUGGAGAAUGAUGUUAUCCUGUCUGCUCUCACCAAACAGUUGGAUGCAGUUUCAGACCGAGUGGAAGUUCUCUACAGGAGCAGAGCAGUUGGGUACACGUGGCCCCUUCAUUAUCAAACCUCUGACACAAGCUCUUGGGUCCAAAUUGAUUUAGCAGAUGGACGCAGACUUCAGACCAAACUGCUGAUUGGUGCAGAUGGGCAGAACUCUAUGGUCCGGAAGGCAGCUGGUAUUCAGAAUAUUCAGUAUCAGUAUGACCAGUCAGCUGUAGUUGCUACUCUUCACUUGUCUGAGGCAACAGAUAACAACGUUGCAUGGCAGAGAUUCCUUCCUUCUGGACCAAUUGCGCUGCUUCCGCUGUCUGACACUCUCAGCUCUUUGGUUUGGUCCACAUCACAUGAACAUGCAUCCCAGCUUCAGAGCAUGGAUGAGGAGAGUUUUGUGGAUUCUAUCAACUCUGCUUUUUGGAGCAAUGCAAAUCACUCGGACUUUAUUGAUACUGCGGGAUCCAUGUUCCGAUCUGCUGUUUCUCUCCUGAUGCCAUCAGGGACUGCAAGCCGUCAGCUGCCCCCAAGUGUUGCAAAAGUGGAUCCAAGGAGCCGAGCUGUGUUCCCUCUUGGAUUGGGGCAUGCUACAGAAUACGUCCAACACCGUGUGGCCCUUAUUGGGGAUGCGGCUCACAGAAUACAUCCUUUAGCAGGUCAAGGUGUAAAUAUGGGCUUUGGUGAUAUUGCCUGCUUGACACACUAUCUUAGUGCUGCAGCAUUCAAUGGGAAGGACCUAGGCUCUUUAAAGCAUCUACUGCAGUAUGAAGGAGAACGACAGAGACACAACCUCUCUCUCAUGGUUGCAAUUGACUUGCUGAAGAGACUGUACUCUACAAGUAUAGCUCCUUUUGUGCUGCUAAGGACAUGGGGAUUGCAAGCAACUAAUGCUGUACCUCCGGUUAAAGAGCGGAUCAUGGCAUUUGCCAGUAAGUGACAUCCUCGUGAAUCAAGAGUUACUGUUCACCGGUGGUUGCUGUAGACUCACUCAUUAUAAAGAUGGUAUUACAUUUGACAAGCCAUUUAAAAUAGAAACUGAUGUAAUGCUUUUAUGUCUACUUAUUCUGGCUGAAGUUCUUUCUUCUCCUAGAAUGCCAAAAAUUAUCCAGUCGUGCCUCGUAUUGGACUUCUGGGACUCUAAAAGUUUGCCUAGCUAAAGAGUAUUACUGGAAUGAAUUUACCUGUGGCCACAGUAAAGCUUAUGGAUCAUCAGGCAUUUUCUACUGCUUUAGACAGGAUAAAUUCUGAGCAGCAAACUUAGAUACAACCUGGUUCUUUCCAGCUCAUCAUCACUUUCAGUAUUGCCCUCAAAGGCAAGAGGGACGUUGUUUGCCCACUCCGUUUUGAGGUUAUGUUAAUUCUCUUCUAAUGACAGUAGCAAGAGUGAGGAUCCAUUACAGACUCAAAAACAUUUUGUUAAAAUAUUAUUUUAAUUACUAAAAAUAGACAUUCAGAGGUGCCAUUUUAUUCAUGUACCAAGCAGCUGAGCCUGACAAGUACCUGCUUAACUGCAUUUCAGCACCAAGUAACAUGAACACAACCAAUGAGCAAGUGUAUUUAUGUUAUCCUAACUAAUUUCAGAACAAAGUGUGAACAUGUUCCUGAAAAGGUAUUCUAAGUUUUAUCAAUACACAGUGCUAGAUAUGUGGACAUUUAUUUAACAGGGGGUGGGGGUGGGCUCAGUCUUCAUACAGUUUAGCUUAAUUGUACGAACAGAUUUAAGCUUAAACCAAAAAAAAUGUCCUUUCAACCUGCUGCACCAGCAUGAACUAUACUUUUGAUCAGUCUUCCCCAACCUGGUGCCCUCUGAUUUGGACUACAAAUCCCAGCAUUUCUGAUCAUUGGCCAUGAUUGCUGGGGCUGAUGGAAGUUACCAAAACAUCUGAAAGGCCUAAGUUCGGGGAAGGCUGCUUUAGACUAUGUAAGCACCUAACAUCUGCCUUCAUGACUGAUUUAUUUUACAAAAAUAUUUAAUUUAGUGCUCAGUUAAAAGUGUUCGCUUCAUUAACUCCUCGUCCUUCUCCAAUUAUAUAAAUAGACCCUUUCCAGAAGAUCAUUCUGUGCAGAUAAUUAAACUUGUGAAUAAAUAUUUAAAAGGAAGUAAGUUAAUGUCAGACGACCACUAGGAUCAUCAGAAGAAAAGACUAAAUGUCAGUCUUGCAUUCUUUAUACUGACAAACUCCACUGGUGUCAAAUUUUUUGAGUAAGAAUUAUAGAAGGGGGCUCUGAAUUAGCAGCAGAUGUUAUUCAUCUAUAAACACAUUGUACCUAAAGUAAUAAAAGGCCCUGAAUUUGCCAAACAUAGAUUAACUUUGGUACAGGAAGAGCAAUGCUCAGAAAUUUAAACUUAAGCCUGAGUUUACAAAUGAGGUUGCAGUGGAUGAGUUUAUGCUGAGCUUCUGGUUUGGGGGGAAAAAUCUUACUUCUAUUUUGCCAUUCUCUUUACCAACAAGAGGCUAGAAAGAAAAAACGAGAGUAAUUGAGCUGUCUUGCAUAUUCAGAGGUACAAAGAUGAGUCAAUAAUUAUAAUACCAACAUCUAAAAAGAGAAAGGACUAGUAUAGAAUAAUUCCUUCCAAACUAAGACUUCCACCAUAAUUAAGUUUCUAAGCACAUAGUGAAACAGGUAGAGUAAUGUCUUAUUUAGGGCAAAAUACAUAUGCAGUAAACAAGGCUGCCAGCCAAUGCACACUUACUUGGGAGUAAGCCCCACUGAACUCAGAGAAUUUACUUCAAAGUAAACAUGUACAGAAUUGCACUGUAUUAUGUAGACACUACCAAUAUACCUUUUAGUGUCAGUAAGAGCACUUGGACAAAAUGUUGACAAAUAUAUGCAGCUGUAGUCAGCAUGUCUUAACAGUUUUGCUCAAGAGCUCUUGAAAAGAAGUUAAUACCACUUGUGCAGCUUGAGUAGAUGUUGUGAUCAAAUAGAAUACUAGAGGUGUUGCACCAAGUAAUGAGCCACCUUGAGCAUCUAUAGCCCCACACUUGAGUCUGGUUAAGUGCACCACUUUCCAAGCAAGUAUAAGCUUUUGGGGAAGGUGGUAGUAGAAACAAGUCAGAGGUUUUUCAUUUUCAACUGGAAGUAUUUACAAAGGCCAUCUGGACGCCUUGCAUUAAGAGGUUCUAUAAGACUGGACUGAAGAACAAUUUUUUUGUAGCUGUUAAUCCUCUGCAAACUUUUUGGCCUUCUAAAGUAGACAGGAAAUGCCUAUAGACAAGGGUUUGCUCUCUCUUAGCUUUAGAAAAGUAAAGAGAUGACACAUUAAACAAUUCCUCAUAGUGUUUCUAAAGUCUUCCCUCCACUGCUGCUUCCAGUGGGGUUUUACAAAUCAGCCCUUAUACUGACUCGUUCUCCUAUAGCUCAAGCCGUAGCAUCCUUGUCUCUGUUUAAGAACCAGCUAAUCCUAAAAACUUGACUACUUGAGUCUCAAAACAGCCUAUGAGAAAGCACACUCCAGUUUUGUUGUUUAAAAACAAUGCAUUAGACUAAGCUACUAUUUUCAGUUUGAAUCAUCAGAGUUUCAGGCACAAGAAAGCCUGGAAAAAGGUGUGGAGCAAGACCAAUAUUAGGAUGUAUUGAUGUAUCAAUACAUCAAUAUGUAUCAAUGUAUCAACCAAAAAAGUGCUUAACCCCCUCAUGCAUGAUUUGUUUCAAGGCCAUUUGGCAUCAGUUAGGCAAUUAUGUCAUGUCACUUAUUAGCCUAGAGAGACCCAUCUCAUUGCAGUUCAGAUCUGCUCACUUUUCAAGGUAACAGAUUCCUCUACUUUGGUCUUGUGUUUGUCUAAGCACUCGUCAACACUGCCUUUUCUUGUUUCAAGAAAAGCAAAUAUCCUACAAGUGAUGCUUUCUCAGUGGGAAAGUCCUAAGGACUGCAGAAGGUGAAAGGUAGCACCCAGAGCCCAGCUUGUUUCUACGUUGUUCACCUUCUUUGCGAGCUGUAAAAAAGGAAAGGAAAAAAAUCAGUUCUCUUUGCUAUGAUAAGUGUCUCACUUUAGGUUGAGGACAUUUUUCAGUGUAAAAACCAGAUGACUAUGACAGGCACAUUUGCAAUCAUAUUUCCAAAGCAGAAGCUACAGUAAUCCCCCCUUCUUUUGGGUGAAGUUAUCCCAGCAAGGGACAAGUAAAAAAUUGUUACAAGUCAGCGCUCAAAUAAAACAGCCUGCAUCUUGGACACAUCAUAAGCAUAUUUUUUGCUGCAUGCAAGCUAAUUCAAACUGGGAGAAUGUUAAUUACUGAUACUACUGGUUAAUGACGAAUAAUGGUGACUGCCUACUAUUGAGAUUUUAGUAAAAGGAAAAAAAUGUCUUAAAUCCUAAAUGUGUUGAUUUAAAAUGUAUUUGACUUGAAGAAAAACAAAAACUAGAUGUACUAA